UAUCCCCUUUUUUUUUCUCUGCAAUUUUUUUUUUUCAAUGUAUCUUCUCCUAUAAAUACUUGAUUCCGAGUCUAAUCUUUCCCCUCAACAUUCUCACAAAUCUCAUUUUCUCUCGCUUUCUGAACUCUUGACCGAACACGUAUAGUGUCCGGCGCAUCUCUCUCUCUCUCUUGCUCCUUUUAUCAAACUGUAGAGCAGCAGAGCCUGUUCCCGGAGAUUUAAUAUUUGUCGGAUCUUAAAAAAAAGAUCUCCUUUUCUUCUUACCCAUCACUCCAGAAAAUGUUUGGGACUCUCGCUUCCGGAGAUAUCGAAACCGCCAGAUUGAGGCGCGAUUUGAGGAUAACGUGCAAUCUAGGGUUCUCCUGCGGUGGUGGAUUCGACGACAUCGGUAUGCGAUUGGAAGGCGAGAACUUGGUGCCGCCGCCGCGCGGAGGCGACGACGGAGAAGUGGUGAACGAAACGGUGCCGUUUCAUGUCGAGCGACCACUGUUUCAGCAGACGCAGAAACUCGUCGUGGGGUAUGCUCUGACUUCCAAGAAGAAGAAGAGUUUCUUGCAGCCCAAGCUUGAAUACAUGGCUAGGAGAAAAGGCAUUUGCUUUGUCCCCAUUGAUUUGAACCGUCCACUUUCUGAACAAGGACCAUUUGAUGUCGUUUUGCACAAGUUACUGGGAAAAGAGUGGCAAGAGGUUAUUGAGGAUUACCAGCAGAAACACCCGGAAGUGACUGUGCUUGAUCCUCCAAGUGCAAUAAAGCGUAUAUAUAAUCGACAAUCGAUGCUUCAGGGCAUGUCAGAUUUGAAUCUGUCAGAUUGCGGUGGCAGCAUUUAUGUUCCAAAGCAAUUGGUUGUCUUGAAUGAUUCAGCAUCUAGUGCCGAUAGAGUUGUUGAAGCUGGUCUUAAAUUUCCACUAGUUGCAAAGCCACUCUGGAUCGAUGGAACUGCAAAGUCACAUCAGUUGUUCUUAGCUUAUGACAAGCGCUCGCUGGCAGAGCUUGAACCUCCUUUAAUCCUGCAAGAGUUUGUUAAUCAUGGUGGAGUUAUGUUCAAGGUUUUUGUGGUGGGUGAUAUCAUAAAAGUGGUGAGACGGUUCUCUCUACCAAACGUGAGUAACUGCGACAAAGCCAAAGCUGACGGCGUCUUCAAAUUCCCAAGGGUUUCAUCUGCAGCUGCUUCAGCGGAUAACGCAGACUUGGAACCUAGUGUUGCUGAGCUGCCUCCAAAACCUUUCCUCGAAGCCCUUGUGAAAGAGCUACGAACCUUAUUGGGACUUCGGCUUUUCAACAUAGACAUGAUCAGAGAACAUGGGAGCAAGAACGUGUUUUCUGUUAUUGACAUCAAUUAUUUCCCCGGCAAGUCUUUGCAUUUGAAUCUCUUGAGUUACGGAAAGAUGCCAGAUUACGAGCCAGUAGUUGUAGACUUCUUCCACAAUCUGGCGCAAGCGAAACAUAAUAAGAAGAGACACUGUAAAUGAAAACUUUGGGAGAGAGGAGAGGAGAGGAGAGGAGAGGUAUCAGAUGUUUCUUCUUCUAAGGAGGGUUUGGUUUUUAAACUGAUGUAAGAGCAGUGAAGGAAAAAAAAAAGAGAAUAAUUAAUGACUAAUUAUUAUGUAUUUGUACAGAGCUAGCUCUCUCACCUUUUGGAAAAGCUUUUAUCAGAUAACAAGUUUUUGAUUAGUGA